CGCCAUCUUUCUAAAGGAGUGUACGUCUUGUCAUUCGUUCUUCCCCGAGCCGGUCUGGCCACUGGCGGAGCGGGGCGGGGCGGGGCGGGACGGGUCAUGGCGACCGACGAGCUCCGCGGGCAUGCGGUGCGGAUGUCCACCCAGGGGUCUCAGCUUGGCGCGGCUCCCGACAGCGUGGCAGGAACUGCGGGGCUGCCCUCCGGACAGAGCGGCGGCGCGGCCCUCCGGCUCGGGGAACGCCCGCCCCCCGCCAUGGAGAAGCGGGGACCCUACUUGGUGACACGCGCACCUUCCAUUCAGGCUAAGCUGAAGAAGCACCGGGACCAUGCCAAGGCCGUUCUGCGGAGAAAGGGCAUGCUGGGUGCCUUGACGAACCGCCCCGAUUCUUCAGGGAAAAGGUCAGUGAAGUUUAACAAGGGCUACACUGCUCUUAGCCAGAGUCCAGAUGAAAACCUGGUGUCCCUUGACUCUGACAGUGAUGGGGAGCUGGAAUCCAGAUAUUCCUCCGGGUAUUCCUCUGCAGAGCAGGUGAACCAGGAUGUGAGCCGGCAGCUGCUGCAGGAUGGAUAUCACCUGGAUGAGAUUCCAGAUGAUGAGGACCUGGACCUCAUUCCUCCUAAGCCUAUUGCUUCUUCCGCGUGUUCUUGCUGCUGGUGCUGUCUUGGGGAUUCUUCCUGUACCCUCCAGUAGCCAUAGCCCUCCAGGAUGGGCUGAUGGCCCCGAUGGCCCUUCACAGUGAUACUCAGUGCACUGGGUAUCACCGCCAGCCUAGAACCGCUGGAGGCAUUGACCUCUGGUCAGGCCAGUGGCCUACAGGGAGCCCUCGCCUGGUGCUUCUCAUGUCAGAGGCCCCCGUCUGGGUCAUAGGUGAUAGGUGAAAGUCGGCAGGUUCCCAUUGGCAGUUUCAGGAAACCACUUUAAUAAGGGAGAGAGGAGAAACUUCCGGAGGUUCUUAUGCUGAUUGCUAAGAAAACCAUUUACAGAGGUUCUGACUUGUCCUGAGGAGGGCGAAGAAAGAACGAACUCUGCUUCACUCAGGCUGUGCUGGGGAGUAUGGUGAGAGGCAGAGAGCAGCACUUUAUGGCUUGCAGGAGGAAUCUCAAAGAAUACAACUGGGAAGCGCCAAGUGGGUUGUUCCUUAGGUUACAGCAAGGAAUCUAACUUAAUGAUGGAGUGGGACUGUGGCUUUCAGAACCUCUGAACUUGGGCCAUUCUGCUGGUCCUGCUGUCUGGAUGGGCUUAGUAACUCUGUUGGCCCUUCCCCCGUUAGAAGAGAACCGCUCUGUCGUAUAUGUUUAUUUAUCUGUAGUUCCUAGGCAUUGGAGAGUUUUUCCGAAUUUUUUUUUUGUUGUUGUUGUUUUGAGGUAAAAAUUGGAUUGGCAGAAACCUGCAGUUUUGUGAUUACCAGCAGAGGGAGCUGCUGGGAAGUUAGUGCCUUCCUAUGGUUAGCUGUGUAAGCUUUUGAGAAGUAUUGAUGGAUGAGAGCCAAUGUCCUGGUGUAGCUGUGUGACUCUGGCCUACAUGGAAAUGUUUAGACAGGAUGGGAAGGGGAGACUUAAGCCAGCUCCUGGACCCUACUUGAGUUGAUGAAUCUGCAGUGCAAGGGGGCCUUCCCUCUAACAAGGCACAUUCCUCUCCCCAGCACAGGGCUGGUAGAGCACUUGCCUAGCCUGUGCAAGGCUAGGGCUGGUGAUGCACAGAACAAAAAUGCCUCUGAGAGAACACAGCUAAACCCCAAGCCUGAGACUCAGUACUAAGCGUCUUCUUGGAAUUUAGUUUUCCCAGUCCCCUCCUCCUGGGUCCUCUUCUUUGGUUUUUUUUUUGUUUGUUUGUUUGUUUUUUGGUUUUGGUUUUGGUUUUUCAAGACAGGGUUUCUCUGUGUAGCCUCGGCUGUCCUGGAACUUACUCUGUAGACCAGGCUGGCCUUGAACUCAGAAAUCCACCUGCCCCUGCCUCCCAAGUGCUGGGAUUAAAGGCGUGCGCCACCACCGCCUGGCCUCUUUGUUUUAUCUUACCCAGGUGUGUGGUGAGGCUUGGGGUAGAUAGGGUUCCCAGUAUAAGGGGCGGCAAUAGUCAGAGUUAGGGGUUGGGCACUACAUGUGACUGUCCUGUUCAGUGAUUACUGGAGGCUUAGGAGGAAUGAUAUGCCUGCUACGUCCUUUCAUAGGUAGUAGCAAAAAAGGUAAGAUCAAAAGAUAAGGCUUUCCCUAUUACUUGGCCACAAACCUGUCCUCAUGAUUGUUGCCAGUGCCUAGCAGGGGGUUUUGUUGUUGCUCUCAGGCUGUGGAAGGCUGAAAAGAUGUCUAGGGGCUUUUUACUCGACUGCUUGGCAGCAUCACAGGAGGGAAGAUGGGACAGAAGCCAGAGGCACAUCUACUUGGUUCUUGGGUUGGGUCAUAGAUGCUGCCUGUGCUCUGCAGUGGGAGUCUGCAACUCUGUGCAAGGAUCUCACAUUCUGUAUGGCCUGCAGGGAAGGAAUACAGACCAUAUCCAGGCUUCUAGGACUCCGCAGAGGUGGAGUCCUCAUGUGCAAAGGGAAUAGAGAUAGGACAGAGUAGAGAAAGACGGUGGUAGGGCUCAGUGAGGCCACAAGUGCUUGUGGAACUUAAGUGUGGAGUUCUAUUUCUAUUUGGUUAAAACAGAGUAGCCUGGACAUUUGGCAGCUCCUGGGGGUGGGCAGUGCCCCUGAAACCACACUCUCUGGGGUAGUUGUUGCUGUAGUUAACAUUGAGGUGCUUGGCUAGAACUGUCCCCGGAAGGAAAGUUCUCGAGCUAGGUGGCCUCGUGUGGAAAAGCAUUACUUGUGGAAAAGCUCAGUAGUGCCCAGCUAGGAGGGGUAGAAGUGGGCAGCUGUUAGGGGUCAGACAAAAAUAACACCAAUAAAGGCACAGAGGUGCCCACACCCUAACUGCCUUAAUUCCGAGGGCUGGGUGUUCUGCGGGAGGCUGUCCUGGGAAGGAGGGCAUCUGAGCCUCCUCAGGAGUGCCUCCCCCACGUUUACACUGCUCCUCAGUCCUCUUUCUUGGCUUGCACUUUCACAGUCUGUUAUAAUAAAUUCAGUCCUGGUAGUGA